AUGGGCACAGUCAUGAAUGGCUCGGAGGAAUGUCUCCAGCCCUACAACUUCGAGAGGUCUUGGAACCUGAGGCCCUUUUUGGAAAAGUACUGGGCAAUCUCAUUCCCCAUUGCUCUGAUCUACCUACUGCUCAUCUUUGUGGGGCAGAACUACAUGAAGGCACGGAAGGGCUUCAACCUGCAGAAGCCUCUCAUCCUUUGGUCCUUUUGUCUUUCAAUCUUCAGUAUCAUUGGGGCAGUGAGGACAUGGGGCUUUAUGGGGUCCUUGGUACUCAGGGAUAGAUCAAAGGAUACUGUGUGCUUCUCCACCUUCAUCGAACAUACCAUAAUCAAAUUCUGGUCCAGCAUCUUUGUUUGGAGCAAGGUCAUUGAACUUGGAGACACAGCCUUCAUCAUCCUUCGUAAGCGGCCACUCAUCUUUAUACACUGGUUCCACCACAGCACAGUGCUAGUGUUCUCAAGCUUUGGAUUCAAGGACAGGAUGGCUGCAGGUGGCUGGUUCAUGACCAUGAACUUUGGUGUGCAUGCCAUCAUGUACACCUACUACACUCUGAAGGCUGCCAAAGUCAAGUCCCCCACGUGGUUUCCCAGGCUCAUCACCAGCCUGCAGAUCCUGCAGAUGUUUACGGGAGCCACUGUCAUCAUCCUGGCUUACAUAUGGAGACAGGAAAAGGGAUGUCACACCACCACGACGGAACACCUCUUCUGGGCCAUCGCCUUGUAUGUGACGUAUUUCAUCCUCUUUGCUCACUUCUUCUAUCAAGCCUACAUAAUGCCCAAGGUUAAAUCCAAGACCAAGAGUGAGUAA